AUGGGGCCCCCGGGCAAUAGGGGAUCAUGGGGCCCCUGUGUCUUUGCCCAAACUCAAAAAAGCCUAUGAAAAAGAGCAUAUGGGUGAAACUGGGAAAUGCUGAGCUAUCACCACCAAACUCCAGGAAUAAUAUGCAAGUGUGCAUAUCACAUACCUGAUAGCAGGGGUGGACUGACAACUCAUGGGGCCCCCGGGCAAUAGGGGAUCAUGUGUCCUCUUCACACACUCAAACCACACCCAAAAAAGCCUAUGAAAGGUACCAGGGGCAUCUCAUGGGGCCCCCUACUGACCCUGGGCCCUUGGGCAGUGCCCGAGUUCCCAAAUGGUCAGUCCGCCCCUGCC